AUGCCUGGUUCCUGUGAGGUGUGUUCUUCGGAGCCCUCGAAAUACCGAUGUCCAGCAUGCGGUCUGAUGAGCUGCUCGCUUGCUUGUACCCAGUCUCAUAAGAUCUACUGCGCUCCCAAGCCGCAAGCCUCGAUCGAGGAAGCAACCGAGACAUCAGCCACCAACACUCUACCCCCGGUUAACGGUGAAACCGCGCCAGAUACGGGGAACAUUCAAGCUCAACCAAAAUCGUCUUCUGCAGCUGGCGUUGCUAGCGCCGCACCGUCUGAGCUCCAAGAUCUCCUCCAGCGCUACCCCCAGCUACGCGCACAGCUGCAGGAAAUUUACCAAGCGGCACAGGAAGACGAAUGGGUCGAGUGGUACACCCCACCGACUAGAGGACGACCUUAUGGUCGAGGAGGAAAGGGACCUACUCGCCGCAGUCGGGGGCCAUGGACCGCGGAGAAAGGGUUCAACCGUGCCCUCGGCAAGGUACGGAAGUUAAGACAGGAUUGCGAAGAAGGGACAGAGACAGGUGUCACGGCCGAGGCCUUCAUGCAAUUCCUCACCCUGGUCAAUAAUAACCCGAGUACGCAGAUGCCAAAGUCGGCAUAA